AUUUAUAGACCAUACAAAUGUACUUGUGCCCACAGCCAGUGAGCUGCUGGUGUGAAGGUCACUGACUGACUGUCAGCUUCCCUGCUGGCCUGUCCUUUGUAUCUCAUGGGGGGCAGAGCUCACUCCUAAGGACACCAAUCUCAGGGCAACUGGACCAACAUCAAGGGCACAGAAGAGUGUUCUGUUCCCAGAAUUUGCUGAGAUGAAUGGUCUAGUGCGAUGCAUCACCAGUUGCUCAGUGCCCUUGCUUCACAGUAUAAAUUCUAGCACACUGCAGCCAGCAACCGGACAACGUUCUUUUAGAACUUUCCAAAUCUUAUGGAAUCAACAGACAGCCAAAGGAAUUCGCUACAAGGAUCUAGUUGUGGGUAUCCCCAAAGAAACAUACAAAAAUGAGAAGCGAGUGGCACUCUCUCCUGCUGGUGUCCAGGCCUUAGUUAAACAAGGCUUUAAUGUGCAAGUGGAACAUGGAGCUGGUGAAGAAGCAAAGUUUUCUGAUGAGCAAUACAAAGCGGCUGGAGCAGAAAUCAAUGACUUGAAAACUGUAUUUGGCUCAGAUAUUGUUUUAAAGGUCAGAGCCCCAGGUUUCAAUGAAGUGCUGGGAGUGCACGAGGCUUCUUUGCUCAAGGAGAAAGCAACACUUGUCAGCUUUAUCUACCCUGCUCAGAACCCAGAUCUCCUAGGCAAACUUGCUCAGCGCAAAGCCACAGUCUUGGCAAUGGACCAAGUUCCUCGAGUCACUAUUGCUCAAGGAUAUGAUGCUUUAAGCUCGAUGGCCAACAUUGCAGGGUACAAGGCUGUAAUCCUGGCAGCUAAUCAUUUUGGUCGAUUUUUUACUGGUCAGAUAACAGCAGCUGGAAAGGUGCCUCCUGCAAAGAUGUUGAUAAUUGGUGGUGGCGUGGCUGGGCUUGCUGCUGCGGGAGCUGCCAGAGCAAUGGGAGCCAUUGUCAGGGGAUUUGACACCAGGCUGCCAGCACUGGAGCAGUUUAAAUCCCUUGGAGCAGAACCUCUCGAAGUGAAUAUUGCUGAAACUGGAGAAGGUGUUGGAGGCUAUGCAAAAGAAAUGUCCAAAGAAUUUAUUGAAGCGGAAAUGGCAUUAUUUGCCAAACAGUGUAAAGAGGUGGAUAUUCUUAUUAGUACUGCCCUUAUACCAGGGAAAAAAGCCCCAAUCCUAAUCACAAAGAAUAUGGUAGAGUCAAUGAAGGAUGGAUCGGUAAUUGUGGAUCUUGCAUCUGAGGCUGGUGGCAAUGUGGAAACGACUCAUCCUGGAGAGCUUUAUAUUCACGAGGGUGUGGUUCACAUUGGUUAUACAGAUUUGCCAAGUAGAAUGGCAACUCAGGCCAGUAGCCUGUAUUCCAACAACAUCUUGAAAUUAUUAAAAGCUAUUUCUCCUGACAAAGAAUAUUUUCAUUUUGAGCCAAAAGAUAAUUUUGAUUAUGGGACUAUUGAUCAUGUCAUUAGAGGAACCAUGGUAAUGAAGGAAGGUAAGAAUUUAUUUCCAGCACCUUUACCAAGAACAAUGCCACCUUCUGUCCCUGCUAAACAAAAAACUGUGCAAGAACUAGAAUCUGAGAAAAAAGCCUCCAUCUCACCAUUCAGAAAAACCAUGACAUCAGCUGGAGUUUACACAGCAGGCUUGACAGGUGUUUUAGGAUUGGGGCUUAUUUCUCCUAAUGCUGCUUUUACUCAAAUGGUGACCACAUUCGGUCUCGCUGGACUCGUUGGCUAUCAUACUGUCUGGGGUGUCACACCAGCCCUGCAUUCACCCCUCAUGUCAGUAACAAAUGCAAUUUCUGGUCUUACUGCUGUUGGAGGUUUGGUUUUAAUGGGUGGAUCUUACCUUCCUUCUAGCUUGCCUCAAACAUUAGCCUUACUAGCUGCAUUUGUUUCUUCUGUCAAUAUUGCAGGCGGUUUCUUAAUUACACAACGAAUGCUGGAUAUGUUCAAACGACCUACAGACCCACCGGAAUAUAAUUAUCUCUAUCUCCUCCCUGGAGCAGUGUUUGUUGGAGGAUAUGGUGCCUCUCUUGCCAGUGGAUAUAACAUUGAACAGAUGAUCUAUUUGGGCUCAGGUCUUUGCUGUGUUGGUGCACUGGCAGGAUUGUCUAGUCAGAACACUUCUAGACUUGGCAAUGCCCUAGGUAUGAUUGGGGUGGCUGGUGGUGUAGCAGCUACACUAGGAGCACUGAACCCAUCACCAGAAGUACUCGCUCAGAUGUCUGCUGCCAUGGCAAUGGGUGGUACAAUAGGUCUCACAGUUGCGAAACGGAUUGAAAUCUCUGACCUUCCACAGCUUGUAGCUGCAUUUCACAGUCUGGUUGGGUUGGCCGCAGUUCUUACAUGUAUUGCUGAGUAUAUGAUCGAAUAUCCACACCUCGAUGUUCACCCUUCUGCCAGUGUUCUCAAAACUGUGGCAUAUUUGGGCACCUAUAUUGGGGGUGUAACCUUCAGCGGUUCGUUAGUGGCUUAUGGAAAACUGCAAGGUUUAUUGAACUCAGCGCCGCUCCUUCUACCUGGUCGCCAUUACUUGAAUGGCGGGUUGCUGGCAGCGUCAGUGGGUGGUAUGGGGCUGUUUAUGCUGGACCCAAGCUACACUACCGGCAUGGCCUGUCUUCUUGGUGUUUCAGGACUUUCCUCAAUCAUGGGAGUCACGCUUACGGCAGCUAUUGGUGGUGCAGAUAUGCCUGUGGUCAUCACUGUAUUGAACAGCUAUUCUGGAUGGGCUUUGUGUGCGGAAGGAUUCCUUCUUGAUAACAACCUGAUGACAAUUGUUGGUGCCUUGAUUGGGUCCUCUGGAGCGAUUCUCUCUUACAUCAUGUGUGUGGCCAUGAAUAGGUCUUUGCCAAAUGUGAUUUUGGGUGGAUUUGGUACAUCUUCUACGGGUGGAGGGAAACCUAUGGAAAUUGUUGGAACACAUACCGAAGUCGGAAUUGACCAAGCCAUUGAAAUGAUAAAGGAAGCGAACUCUGUCAUCAUUACCCCUGGUUGGGGUCUUUGUGCAGCCAAGGCCCAGUAUCCCAUUGCUGACAUGGUGAAAAUGCUUAAUGAACAAGGAAAGAAAGUCAGGUUUGGUAUCCAUCCUGUAGCAGGCCGUAUGCCAGGACAACUGAAUGUACUAUUGGCAGAAGCUGGUGUACCUUAUGAUGUUGUAUUAGAAAUGGAUGAGAUAAAUGAAGAUUUCCCAGAAACGGACUUGGCUCUGGUCAUUGGUGCAAAUGACACAGUAAACUCUGCAGCACAGGAAGAUCCCAAUUCUAUUAUUGCUGGCAUGCCUGUACUGGAGGUCUGGAAAGCUAAGCAGGUCAUCGUCAUGAAGCGUACACUGGGAGUUGGGUAUGCUGCAGUUGACAAUCCCAUUUUUUACAAACCUAACACUGCAAUGCUGCUUGGGGAUGCAAAGAAAACAUGUGAUGCUUUACAAGGCAAGAUUAGGGAAAUGUAUUAUACUCAUUAACACUGAUAUUCAGAAUUGUAAAAGGGUACUAGAUAUAAUUUAUAUAUUUCAGUAAAUAGUUUGGAGGCGUAUCCAGCACCUUAUUUAUAUGCAACCAUUUCAAAAAUAAAAGAGCAUCCAAACAUAACAAAUUAGCUCUUAGACUGAUUGGUGAUUUAUGUGCCUUAGUACACACAAAUGUAAGUCCCUGUAUUUAAUAAUAAUAAUAAUAAUAAAAA